UUAGCCUGAAUAGACACGCCCCACACACACAUUGACACAACUACACAAGGUCCAGGCCAAAUUAAAACCACUCAAAAAGUUGGACAUCUAGUUGGAUAAAGGGUAAUAGAGGUAUCUAACGGCAGGAAUUCCGAAUGAUCGGGUGAUCAGUAAUGAAAUUAACCAAUAGGUCAACUUCACGAGACAAUUUACGCACACGGAUUAAAAUAUGAAACAAGGAAGUGAAAUCACAUUAUUUUGCAAAUUUAGUCUUUAUUAUUUUACACCUGAAAAGCUCUCAUGCUGGAAAUCUAAAAAAUGUUGAAUAUCGUGACUUAGUGUUCUUAAACAAUACAGUGAUGUUAAAUUGUAACUAUAAUAUUUCUCGACUUUCGUUUUAAACAAGUUCUUCCCAGACUGGGGUCAUUGGAGGUCAAUCUUGCUGUAGUUACCACAUACUUGAGCUAAUAUUGCUAUUGUGAUGACAUGGCAGCGAUUGUGAAGUGGACGGUUGCAGGACUACUUCCCCGUCGAGGCCUCAUCUAGACAGAGUUGGUUUGUGAACAAAAGUUUGGGUUGUACAGGAUUGUCGGAUGGAAUUCACUCUGCUGAUACAAUUGUAUUCCUAAAGACCCACACCCUCCACAUCAUGGACCCAGUAUUACUCGGCACUCGGCUAAAUGUACGACAUUGUUCUCAAUGUCAGGGGGACACCGAGUUCUACUGUAACACAUGUAAACGUGAUCUGUGUUUACAGUGUAAAGAGAAACAUGUCAUUGAUCUACAUACCAAACACCAUGGUGUUGUGAUUUACCGUGAGAAGUUUGAAUAUUUACCAAAACAGGAGCCUGCCUUGCUUUAUGAUGCAAGAAAACAACAAGUAGGAAAUGAACAACUGAAACUGAUGUCCACACCUGUAUUACACACGUCUGUCUGUGUGACAGGUGUUAGUAGUGUGAGACACAUAUCUCGUGUGAUGUCAGACCUUGUCUGGGUCUCUGAUGAUAACAAUCUCAUCUUGAUAGACACAACAAGAGACACUAUACACCGUGUGGCAAAUAUAAUAACAUCAUUGUUUACAGGAGGACUACACACAGUGAACAGUUCUGGUGAACUGAUUUAUAUAGACAGUAAACAUAACAUCAACAAACUGUCUACAGACAAUAAAACAGUCACCAUACUGAUACAGAGUACAUCACCAUGGUAUCCGCAGUGUGUGUACUGCUCCCCGUCCACUGGAGAUCUGAUGGUCGGGAUGUUUAACUAUAGAACAGGCAAGUUAACCCGGUACAACAGUAGUGGUCAACACAUCCUGACCAUAGAACACGACAACACAGGUCACACGCUGUAUAGUGAGCCUCUCUAUAUCACAGAGAACAAUAACGGUGAUAUCAUUGUGUCUGACUGGGGCCGUGGUGUAGUGGUGACAGAGCGCGGGGGGAGACAUCGAUUCUCCUACACAGGACCUCCAUCAGGAUCAUCACUAUAUCCACGUGGAAUCUGUACAGACGCGCUGUCACACAUCCUGGUGUGUGAUGUUAACACCGACACAGUACAGAUGAUUGACAAGGACGGUCACUUCCUGUCUCUGUUACUGACACGACAACAUGGGAUAAACGAACCAUACAGCCUGAACUAUGAUGAAAAAACUCACCUUCUCUGGGUCGGAUCAGGCAACACCAACACAGUGUCUGUAUAUAGAUAUCUACAGAGGAGGUACUCUCCGACUGAUGAUUCAGUUGAUGAUGAGAAGAGGAUCUUCAAAUCCACUGAUGACACAAACAUCUUGGAAGACACCAGCAAAAAAACCGAGUUAAAGUUGAUGUUAUCUCCAACUGGCAAGGAAAAGAAAGACAAGACCCCCAUUUCAGCAAAAAUUAUUCCAGAUGAUCUGUCUCCCUUCAUCAAAGCCACAAGAACUGCACUUGAGAAGAUACCCCCAUUAUCCCAUUAUUCAUUGAAAAGUACAUUCAAUCCAUCCUUUCAUCCAUCCUUACCAGGUAAGAAGAGGAAAUUCUGGAAUCUUCAGAGUCCCAUGGAAAAUGAGGAUCCAGGACCAAGUGCAUCCAAACUGAAAAUACUUGGAGAAGCCAGCUUAGAUUCUGCUGUUACAGAUGUUGUGCUUUCAUCAGAACAUGAGAAUACUAGCAGUGGUGAUGAUAUGUCAUCUGUUGAUGGCAAAAAGCCAUCAGAAGAAAUAAAACCAUUGAAGGGUACUAGUAAGCAUGGGAGCUGGUCUACCAAUAAGCCUGCCAUUCGAUCACAUGGCAAGAGACAACCACACUCUUCGAGUAGACUGGGAAAAACACAGAAAGCUAAAAAGAAACGGAUGACCAAGAAAUAUCCAAACACCAUGACAGGAAAGAUGAUCACUUUCAACAAAAAACUGGAACAAUUGAGAGAAAAUGGGGAGGCUGAUAUCCGAAUCCAUUCGUUGGUUAAUUCUCUGAAUAUCGAAACAAAAUUUCGUAAGCUCUGUCGAAGUGAAACGAUAAACAAGGCUUAUGUCGAAUUCAUUUGUAACCUUGAUUAUUUAGACUGUGUUGGUCUUGAUGUUGGCAUCACUAUGAAGCCAUUCAAUCAGUAUAUAGAACCAUUCUAUGGACGCAGAGUCAAUGACUUUCUAGGAUGGGUGAAAGACUGUGUGAAAGUACUCGGUAAAACACGAUCAACACAAUGGGGCAGUGUUUCUUCCAUUUUGUUUGCCAUCUAUGCAAAAGAGGCUAUUUUGGAGUUCAAGCCAAAGGAACUUCCAGGAAUCCUUGAUUACAGUAUGCGAUGUGCAAUGGAGAACGAGAAUUACCUACUGGUCUUUGAGAUUGUGAGGAUAUACAUAUUUGAUCAUGUUAUUCAGUUACAAAGAAUCUUUAAAGAUACCAAAGGAGUAAGUCCUCUUAUUAUUGACACAAUCCUACAAUCAUCGAGAAAAAUGAUUUUGAGAAAAUUUCCAAACCUUCAAAACAAUGCCAUUGUUCUGUCUUUCUGUUGGGAGUGCGGGCAGGGAAUUCUAAACCGUAUGGUGAUGAUCAUGUCAUACAAAGGAAGUAUAGAAAUAACCGAUAGAAUUCCAGAUGAAGUUAUGGGAUUCAAACUUGUCCUGUAUAAUCUCGCACAUCUGUGGGAUGAAGCAUCUCAAGUCUUCAAAUCAAUUCCAAUUUCAAAGAAAACCCCAUUGCCAAAAGUUACAGAAAGUGAAGCAAGAGAACUAUUCAGGAAACACUCCAAUCUCACAUUGAUAUCAGCCUCACCUUAUAAAUCAAUGGGAUAUUCCAAAGGGAGGCACAGAGUUGUAGAGAAACUGUGUAUCAGUCUGUUUUGUCUACACAAAGGCUACAUUCCCUAUGGAGAAGAACAAUUUCCAAAGAAAAUCAGUGACGUGGAAGUAGAUGUUCAGGAGGGAUACUGCUACUUCGGUGCUGGAAGAUCACUAGAAUUAGGAGGACACAUUAACCGUUUGGGGAGUGGGAGUAUCGGGGGAUUUGUAGAUCUCCCCAAUAGUAAAGUUGGGUUGAUAACAUGUGCACAUGUUGUAUUUUCAUCUGAACAAUUGGUGAUGUUGAGGAAUGGGCAUCGUCCAAGUACUAAUAUUGAAGUCGAGGCAUUUGAUAAGGGAAGCCAUUCCUAUAAAGUGUGCGGUAAAUGUGUACGUGCAGAUUUCCCGCAUGUAUACAAGAUUGGAACCCCCCAUCUUUUCACGUCAGCUUCUAAAGAUCCUAACGUUGAUGUUGCUUUAAUUGAAGUUGAUGAAGAUAUCAACACCUUUGAAUUUCGAGCUGUUCCCUCCGAACAGUUGCAAUCUGCAGGUUUUGACCCUAGUAAUCCACCAGUGUUUACUGGAGAUAUUGUAUCUCUACCUGAUCCAGAUCCCGUGCACAACGUCAUUGGAAAAAUCCCAGACAAAUUAGACAGUGUCGUGAAAUAUGGCGCUGUAACUGGAUUUACCAUUGGUAAUCUUUAUCAUAGUCCUGUACAUGUACGAUUUGUCCAAGAAAGUCUCAACCUACCAGGGAAUUUACACUCCGCUAUUAUGUGUGAUCAAAUAGAAAUUCGGAAUCUGCCUCACGGACAGUUUUUUGUGUGUGGUGACUCCGGUUCAUUUGUCUUUUGUAUCAAUCCUGAUAAAACACUCAGCUGUCUGGGGAUGGCAGUUGGACUAACCUCACGAGAAUCCUGUUUAGUGACUCCUAUUGGCAGAAUCUUAGAAAAUAUAUGUCCUGGUGCUCGUUUAAAACAGUGUGGUUCCUCUAGAACAUCGUCACAACAUCCACCAAGCACUCACACGCAGCAGCAAUCAAAUGACACUGCUACAUCUCAUGCAACAUUACAGUUAACUCUUGGGGAAAUGAAAAAGAUGCUGUCAGAUUUCCAAUCUUCGUUGCAGAAUGUAGAAAAGAAUGUUGAGAGGAAUUCCCAAACAUUAUAUAAUGUUGAAACUAAUUUACAGAAUGUGCAAAGAGAAGUUCGAACUCUACAUAGUCAAGUUCAUCAAAAUGAAGAUACAAAAACUCAGUCAUCGUUCAAUCAAUCCAGUGGCAAUUAAAUUUAAGAUUAUGUCGAGAUCUGACUAUAAAGUUUUGAAAACUA